AUGCGAAUGUCAUUAUAUUUGUGCGAAUUUGUAUGAAUUUGUUUACGCGCAUACACGUUUUAUCGUUUACUGGAAUAUAAUUACAGUGUAAUACAUGAGAUUGGACGUGAAAAAGCAUUGGAACUAUUUGAUGAGACACGAGAAAUUGAAGUAACCGGUGGAAUGAUGGUUGCCGACGGAACACGUCGCCGUACUCCCGGUGGAGUUUUUAUGACACUGUUUAAGACCGAUCCCGAUGUUCUGCCAGUUCUGAAGGAAAAAGUGUGCAAUUUACAAAAAGCAGCUAAUCGAGAAAUUCGUAAGGCAAGAAGAAAGAAGUUCGGGAUGGGUGGCGCAUUAAAAAAGGUAAUUUGUUAUUCGCUUUUGACCGAGGGACAAUUCUUGACUUCUGUAUAUUUAAUUCAAAUAUUUUUUGCUAAAAUAAUUCGAUUCAAAUGUCUCAAAUGCUUUGAUUUGAACCCUUCAUAUGUUUUGAGUUCUCUUUUUAUUGAGCCUUUGAAUUUAGUUCUAAUGGAUAAGGCAUCUGACCACUAA